UAAAAUCUAGCUCUCCCAAUUAGGUUGUGGCGCGUGCAGCAUACGCGAAUUUGGAGCGUGGGGAACUGGACAUGAUAUACUCAUCCACGUACAGCUUGUGGUAGAUGUGGCGUACGUGAAUUUUAGAGUUUGCAUUUUAUUCUUUGCGACAAACAUCGUCGAUCGAUUUCACCACAAAAUAUGGGAGCAUGCCUUCUCUAUCCGCAUUCCGUUCUUCAAUUUCCAUCCGUCUCUGCAUUCCGGAAACCAUAUUUUCCGAUUAGAGAAAUAUCUGAUCGAUCUUUGGUAUUGAGCGUAAGAGCUGACGAUGGAAAGAAAGGGAGGCAUAAAAAGAACCCUUAUUCGGGAAGGGCACCUAAAACAGAGGGGGCAGAUGAUACUGCUCAGUCUUUUGAGGGUAAAUCAUCUCUGUCGCCUAACAAGGAAGAAAUCCUAGCCCUCUUUAAGCGAAUACAAUCCUCUAUCUCCAAAGGGGAGACUGUAAAUCCCAAGAAGAGAACUUCCAAGACUGUUGAAGAUAAGCCCUCACCCUCGGCUGAAUCAAUUCUCGAAGUUCUUCAUCAAUCAAGAACACAACGUAAAGGGAAAUCUGUUGGCAAGAAAGGUGAUAAGUUCCUUGACACUCAAAAGGAAUCUCUGAAGGAGGAGAGUGCUGCAGAGCAUAUAUCAACAAGGCCGCCAUCAAGUUUCACCCGGAGGUCUCCGAUACCCUCUCUGUCGAGCCCUAGAGAACAAGUUCAGUCGGGAAAUGAAACAAUACCAGCGACACCCACUGAGCUGACAAAUGAAAUAUCAGAAUCAAUAGACGACGACAGUGAUCAUCAAACCAUGAAGUUGGCGGAGAUGAAACUUCCUCAGCUAAAAGAAGUUGCCAAAUCCAAAGGGAUCAAGGGUUAUUCCAAACUCAAAAAGAGUGAGCUCGUGGAGCUCCUAAUCAAGUCGCUGACCGACGCCUCUCCGUGAACAGGAGGCCAUUUCAGUUGUUCAAUGACCAUUAAUCCUUGACUUCCAUUCCCCCCUUUUUCAUUUCCAUAUUCGUUAAUUUGUUGAAGGGUGCUUUAGUUUGUUAAGAAUUCUUCAAUUCACUCCAAAAAAAUGAGUAUUUGAUAUGGCCA